CAUGACACAACUUUGAACAUGGCGAUGCCCUGUUGAUUAUCUACAAGCUACAUUGUUGUCAUAUAGUUUGUGGUUUGAAAACGCAAAACCAAUUCAUCAGUGACAAUGUCAACGUCAAAAUCGAAGAAGCCUAAUUAUUUAGCGCAACCAGGAGGUAGCGGUCAAGGUGCCAGCACUGCCUCCAGGAAAGGAAACCUUGCUGGCUCUGUAUCAAAGAGCAAGUAUGGUGGAAAUACUGGAGUAUACGGUAGCACAAGAUCACGGUCAAAUAUCUUGUCAUCAGCAAGUCGAAAAAGUAUGGCCGCAAGGGAAGCUGAAAAAGCUUCAAUGGCAGGGAAACCUCCUGUCCAGGUGAUUGAUGAAGGUGGUAAUGAUGUGACACCUAUUCCACUGUUAAGCCAUGACCACACGACUGUGAAGAAAAACCAGAGUAACAUUUUAGAUAGCUCCGUUGGAACACCAACAGAUCUGAUGUCUCAAGCUUCCAUUUACAACACAGCCAAUGUGACUGCCAGUACAUUUGGUGGAGGCCCUUUUACAAGAUCUGUAUUUAGCCAGUCACAGGGCACGGGGACAGACUCCAUGAUGGGUGGGGAUGAUGAGAUCACAGAGCCUUCCUCAGAACAGACAGCCUGGGCAGACAUUCGACACAAACGCGAAGAGGUAAAGGAAACAUUGACAGAAGCUGACCUUGAGAAAGAGGUUGACCUCACCUUGACGGAGACUGAGACAAUAUGGCUGCUGGACCUUCCCACAAUCUGUGUCUCCACAGAGUCAGACGAGGCAGCAGGCAUCAAAAAGAGAACUGAAACGUACCAAGAGUUGAUCAGGAGCAGAGUGGGCAAUGACAGAUACAUGGAGAGAGGCAUGAACACAUUCAAUGAGCCACCCAAGUUUAAAACCAUCCAGACCAACAAAAUUGCCUAUAAUGACGUUGGUAUAACAGCCACCACGUGGGACAUGUAUGACACGUAUGACGAGCAGGAUAAAGAAAACAAAGGUUUACCCGACAAAGAGAAGAACGAUGAUGGCGGUGAGGAGGAGGGUACAAUCAGUCGGCCUACGAGUCCCAAGGACGGAGACAGUAAAGAGGAGACCGGCUCACAGACGACCAGCCAGGACAAACCUGUACUUACACGUGAAGGUAGCACCGUGAAAAUAGGUUCGGCCACAGCACAAUCAAUACAAUCAAGGGCAGAGAGCCGUGCCACCAUGUCAUCAAUGGCGGGGUCGGAGAGUAUUUUCGCCAGCAGAGAAACCGGAGUGUCCUCCAUGCCAACAGACCUUAUAGCACUUGAGGAAGACAAAAUCUUAAAGGCUGAAAAUUUCAAGAGAGAUUUAUUCAUCAUGGAGAGAGUGAUAAACCUGAACACCUACCAGCCAAAACAAGCUAGUUACAGAGGGUUUGAUAUUGUACCAGAUAUUGACAGCACCAGUGAAACUGCUAACCCUACCCAGCAGAUAAGUGUGGCCGAUAUGGGACCAAAUGUGGACAGACUAUGGGCCUAUUCCUGUCCCAUGACCAAGGGACGCAACGUCAGCUGUAUGACUUGGAACAAACUCAAUCCAGAUUUAAUCGCCAUUGGUUAUGGACAAUUUGAGUUCUCCAAUCAAAAAUCUGGCCUGAUCUGUUGUUGGUCACUCAAGAAUCCAGAGUUUCCAGAACGUGUCUAUACUUGUAAAGAAGGAGUGACUGCAAUUGACUUCUCACGGUCAAAUCCUAACUUAUUAGCGGUUGGUUUGUAUGAUGGAGGGGUCGCCAUAUACAACGUGAAGAGCACACAAGAUGAGCCCAUUGUUGAUAGCUUCCACCUCGCGGGGAAGCACACAGCACCUGUAUGGCACAUUCGAUGGAUAGAGAAGGAGCGAGGGUCAGGUGACGAGCGCACAGAGGUACUCGUUUCUAUCUCCACGGAUGGGAGAGUGACACAGUGGUCCAUCAGAAAAGGAUUCGAAAGCUACGAUUUAAUGAGGCUGAAGAGAAUGCCGACCAGGAUGGGAGGUAAAAAAGAGAAGAAGGGCGAGGCUUUCAUUUCCAGACAUGCCGGAGGUCUGUGUUUUGACUUCCAUAGCAGAGAUGCUAACAUUUACCUAGCUGGAACAGAAGAAGGCCAUAUUCACAAGUGUUCAUGUUCCUACAACGAGCAAUAUCUGGACAGCUAUACCGGUCACAAUGGUCCAGUUUACAAAAUGGAGUGGUCUCCCUUCGUCAACGAUAUUUUCCUCAGUUGCAGUGCAGAUUGGAGUAUUCGGUUAUGGCACCAAGAGAGAAAUAAACCUAUUCUUAGCUUCUUUUCCCUAAAUAAAUCAGUGUAUGACGUGACAUGGUCCCCGCGAUCUUCAACUGUGUUUGCCUGCGUCAACGAGGGGCGCGUCGAGGUGUGGGACCUCAGCCUCAGCACACUGGACCCGCAGAUCGUCAGUAACCCAUCCUCUGGGGCCAAACAGACUGCAGUGACAUUUGCCAAAAAUUCUGAGUGUAUCCUGGUGGGUGACAGUGAGGGACAGGUGACAGUGUAUGAGCUGAGAUGUAUGCCUGAACCUCCAGAGAACCAGGCCGAGGCACUUAACAAUGUCAUCAAGGCGUCACUGGCCAGUCAACUUCAGUCGGAAACAGCAGAGGCAAAAGAGGACGAGGAAGGAGCAGAUGGAGAUGAUUGAUCUUUGUUGUCCAGGUGAUCUGUGAUUGGUAGAAACAGACAGUUUGUCAUCUUAUUAGGACAUGUGACCAGCCAGUCAAUGAAAGAUACGAGUUGGUCAUGGAAAUUAGUGAAUUGUCCCUAGGGCUUGAGAAGGCAAGAUACACUAAAAAGCAGUUGAAACCACACAAGGGAACAUUCCUAACUUAUAUGGAUGCUGCUUUGCUUUUAGGAUCAUCAGAGUUAAUAUUUUAAUAAAACUGUGAUAUUUGUACGGCACAUAUCAUAUACAUCCUAUUUUCUGUGAUAGCUUAAAGAUUGAAUUACCAGUACUCAAAACAUAUUCUCAUUAUUAAAAAAAAACAAUAAAAAAAUUGCCUACCAGUCUUGAAGGUAGGAAUAG